UACAAUUGUACAAUUGUACAAUUGUACAAUUGUAGAAUUGUGGAAUUGUUAGAAUUGUAGAAUUAAUUUCUUUCACACUGUCAUAAUAUCAAAUAACAGCUGUACUUUCUGACUGCAUGUAAAUUGACUUAACUAGUAGGUGCAAAAUUUAUUUUUAAACCGAAAAUAUCACAUUCAACAUUUAGCAGUUUGCUAAUCACCAUUAAUUAUUAAAUUUCUAAAAUUUCCUUAUUUAUUGUAAUGAAGGGACGCAGAUCAGACAGAUAUAUUUCAAGGGAAAUAUUUGACUGUGUACGAAAAUGGUAUUUAGAGGUCACUCGUUUAUAAAGCUAAGCAAUCCUGUCACAGAAAAGUAAACAGAACGGACAUUUCGACGCUUGACGGAACCACAAAGAUGCUUCCCGGCACCGACUAUUUUUUUUAAAUAUUAUUUUUGACUAGUUAAUGGGACGAGUGACAGGGUAGUCAGUGAUGCAAAUUAAUACUUUUAAGGUCAAUUUAUUCCUAGUUCUCGAUACAAAUUCACUGACGCUUUUACAGUCGUUCUUUUUAUAAUGGGUUGUUCCUCCUCGCUUAACCACAGAAUCGAAGUAGUAUUUUCAGCUCCGCCAACUUCAAAUUUGAGAAUCAGGGAUAUUCCGCUUUCAGACAAAAGAAAAAAUAUUCUUAGAGAAUCGUGGAAACUAAUUGAACCAGUCAAGACCGAUGCAGGCAAGAAAAUAUUUGUACGACUAUUUGAAUCCUAUCCAAAAAUGCUAGAAGUGUUCCCUGCAUUUAGGAGCCUGUUACUGCAGGAGAUAAUCAACUCUCGAUCUUUGUACCUUCACGCCAAAAGAGUUAUGGGUGCACUGGAAAACGCUGUGUUAGCGUUAAACGACGCGGAGGUUUUCACAGAAUAUUUGAUGAACCUUGGAGAGAGACACCUACCAUGGACUUUGAAGAUGGAACAUUUUGAUAUGCUGGAGGAUGCCAUGCUUUGGACUUUGCAAGACAUGCUUUCAUCCGCGUGUACUGAGGAGGUUACGGAGGCCUGGAGAGAGCUGUUUCGUUUUAUAGGCGCAACUAUGAUGAGGGGACUGAGGAGAGCGUACAUCACGUGACCAGUCAAUUCAUAAAAAUUAGAUAAAGGGCUCGAAAACUUGCAGACUACGAACAAAAGAUAAUUUCACGCUAUAAAAUAAUGCACAAUGCAACAUUCACAAUUGCGUUUGUGAUA